UGACGCUAAAAAUCAUCGCAAGUCGAAAAAUGGUAGCAGCAGCAAAAGCCCUAACUCUCGAUAAAACCCUGCUUAUGCUCCUCCUCUUCUUCAACCAAGAAUGCUCUCUCGCCUCUUCUCUCGAUCUCUCGCUUCCCGCUUGAAAACCCUAACCCUAGUUCCCUCCUCAUCCCCCCAUUCCCCCAUCAUCACCUCUCCUCGCUUCUAUCUCCUCGAUCCAAACCCUAACCCCUCGCUCUUCCUGCGAUCCCUCCGCCCCUUCAGCUCCAAAGGGAAUGGCGACGGCGACGGGCCGUGGAAUUUCCCGCCGGAAUCCGAGUCGGUCUUCGGCGAGGAGAUCGAGGCUCCGGUUGGAGCGAAGGGGUCUGAGGUGAAGGGAGGCGAUCCGUGGAUGGAGGAACCGAAAGGAGACAUCUUUGAGGGGAUCGAUAAGGAGACGAUGCCGAAGGACAGGGGAGUUGGCGAUUGGGAGACGGCAGAGGGUUUUGAGCCGUGGAGUGUGGGUGGUGAUGCUGAUGGGAAGGAUGACGUGUUUGGGAUUGGGGAUGCGGAGACUGUAGGGUUUGAAGGGCUCGAAAUGGCUGAGGAGGGACAGGGGAAGAGCGAGGAGAUGAUGGAGUUGGAGAGGAAAGAGCAGGAUUUGUUAGCUACACUGAAAGGUCCUAGCCGGGCAUUUGGAGACCUUAUUGCAGCCUCUGGUAUAACUGAGGAUAUGAUUGACAGUUUGAUUCUUUUAAAGGAUGUCAGAGGCAUCCCCGGAUUGCCUCCCCUUCAAGAAAUAGAAGAUAAAGCAAUAGAAAGACUGAAUGCAACAUCAACUAGAGCUGAAAUAGAGCGGAAAAAACAAGAAGAAAUUGCAAAGGCACGAGUUAGACGGGUUGACGAGAAAGGAAGGGCUUAUGGAACAGGAAGAAGGAAAUGCAGUAUAGCCCGUGUCUGGAUUAACCCUGGAGAUGGAAAAUUCAUUGUUAAUGAUAAGCAGUUUGAUGUUUACUUCCCAAUUCUUGAUCAUCGAGCUGAGCUUCUUCGUCCAUUCACUGUGACAAAUAGCUUGGGCCUCUGGGACGUCAAAUGUACUGUUAAAGGAGGUGGUGUCUCAGGUCAGGUGGGAGCAAUUAGGUUAGGAAUUAGCAGGGCCUUGCAGAACUGGGAGCCAGGGCUUCGACCAUACCUCAAAUCAGCUGGAUAUUUGACAAGGGAUGCCCGUGUGGUAGAAAGAAAGAAAUAUGGAAAAGCCAAAGCUAGGAAGAGUUUCCAAUGGGUCAAGCGAUGAGCUACAGGUAUCUGCCUUCUCUCUUGAUUUUCU